AGAUUUUGGUAAAAAUUGGCCAACUCUGAUGUCUGAAAUUAUCAUGCGCAGGAUUGAAAUAAACAUUAUCAAGAAUUUGCUAAAUAUUCCAGAAUUAGAAAUAUUUCACGACAUGUCUGCUCUACAAUGUGAGUGUAUUCGAUAAAAUAUAUGUCCCUGUCAUUCUCUACACGAGGGCAAACUUGUCCACAGCAUGGCAUUGUUGCGAUGCCUCAUGAUAGCUAUUCCAACAAAGAUUAUGAUAACAAGGCGCGUGCCUUAUUUCCCACACGUCAAACAAUACGUGGACAGAUCAGAUAAAAGUCCAUUUACUAGCUUGGAUGAUUUAAUUAUCUGAAGCACCAUGGUAACAAAAAGGCUGGCCCUCAGAGCUGUUGUACUUUGUCUGGUGCUUGUUGCUGCUGUCAAACUUCUGCUUUCAGAAUACAGAACUGAAAGGAAACAGAAGUUGGCCACCAUGGAUCCUGGCUCAUUUUGGCACCAGGGGCCAAAGGUGAAGGAGGCUGUUACUGUACACAAGUCAGAGGAUAUAAACUCUUUGUUUAACUUGGCCCAGAAACCAGAGGUUCCAGAGCCUCCAGUAAAAAAAGAAGCAGGCACAGCACCUCUGGAAACCAGCAAAGGCCCUGCAAGAAUAGUGCACCUGGAUCUGAAAGGUGCUGCACCCAAAGUCAAAUACAUUAAGCAGAUCUUCCCGCUCUUCUCCUCUCUGGGUGCUGAUGGUGUUCUGCUAGAGUACGAGGACAUGUUUCCCUAUCAUGGAAACCUGACGAUUCUCAGGUCACCGUAUGCCUACAGUAUGGAAGAUAUAGAGGAGAUAAAGAGCCUAGCCAAACUCAACAAGCUGGAACUGAUUCCUUUAGUGCAAGUGUUUGGACACCUCGAGUUUGUGUUGAAGCAUGAGAGGUAUUUCCACCUGAGGGAGGUGAGGGCUUUCCCUAACAGUCUGAACCCCCACCAUCCUGGCUCUGUGGCUCUGGUCAAGGACAUGGUCUCCCAGGUCAUGGACUGUCACCCUGACGCACGCUGGUUCCACAUGGGGGCUGAUGAGGUGAGGGGUCUGGGAGAGAGCCAGGACUCUAAAAACUGGUUACAUAGCAAUAAGGGGGAUGUUGGGAAAAUGUUCCUGAACCAUGCAGUGUCAUUGGCCCGUUUCAUCACAGAGAGAAGGUCAGGGGUCAGAGUGAUUCUGUGGGAUGACAUGUUGAGGAAGAUCAGCCCUGCCACUAUUAAAGAGUCAGGCCUGCAAGAUCUUGCUUCCCCAACAAUAUGGAACUAUUUGAAGAAAAUGGAUACAGAUGGUAUUGGAACAUUGAUAUCUAGAUACCUUGAGGCCGGUUUCAAGGGUAUAUGGUUCGCCAGUGCAUUUAAAGGGGGCACAGGUAUUGACCAGCGAUGGACCCCUCUUGACUAUCAGCUACAGAACCAUCUGUCCUGGAUAAAGGUCAUGAACUCUAUGACCAAAUACCCCUCCAUAACCCUCCAUGGCAUCCUGCUAACAGGAUGGCAGAGGUUUGAGCACCAUACCGUGUUGUGUGAACUCCUCCCAGUUGGCAUUCCCUCCCUGGCUAUGUGUCUACAGAGCUUAAAGCAUGGUGCAUUUGAUGAAAAUGCAAAGAUGGAGGCUCACCACAUACUGGGCUGCAACAUCAAGGUGGAGAAAGAUAUCUGUGAGGGGAGUGGAGCCUUCUCAGGCUCUCAGAUCUACCACAUGGUGUUUUACAUUCACACAAACCUGCAGAAGGAGGUGGAUGCCCUCAUGAAACACUACCACAUCAAAGGGGGUUUCAGUCGCUACCACAGAAAAUAUAAUUUUGCAAAUCCAAGAAUUAUAGGAUUCUUCCAAGGUCAGCUGAAGAAACUGUUGGAUAAUUGGGAGACGUACAUAGAGAACUUCCGUAUGGAGAUGGAGGCGAUCUACUUCCCAGACACAGUGGAGGAGUGGAUGGAGGAGAAUGUCAAUGCCAACAUGGAUCUACUGAGAGAGAACGCCCGCGAUGCCGAGCGAAUCCUAAAGCUGAACGGACAGCCCAAGUCACUGAAGACCUUAUAGUGACUGGUCUUGUACAGUCUCCAGACCUGAUGCCGUUGGGUUGUAACUUUGCACAUAGUACCUGUUGAUGGCAUGUCUAAAGGAGUUUUUCAAGACUGUGCGACUUGACCAGGAAAUACUCUGGACCAUAGUUAUGCCCGGUGCUAGUUGUAGCUAGGCUCAUAUUUACAUUGCAAAUCAUGCUCUUUGUAUACAGUAUGGUAGCAGCAUCUGCACUGAAUCUGUUUCUUUGUAUGUUUGUUUUCCUGUUUGUUUAUUUGUAGAGGGGAGUUCUGAUGAGACUGAUAUUCUGUUAUAACACUGUCUGUAUUGCAUUAUCAUUAUAGGUUUCCUGUUUAUGUUUUUUCUAGAUCCUCCCUGUUGCCACAUAAUGAUGCAACUAAGGGUUUUGCCAGUAACCAUGGCAUAAUAUGUUUUUACUGCUUGGAAUUUUAGCAUGAGGGCCUUGGAUGGUCUAUGAGUUAUGAGCAGAUAUAAAUGAAUUAUUAAGUGUAUGCUUGAAUAUGAAGACUACAGAAAGGAACACUGAUCCUGUUAUGAUCAAAUUGCACUGUAAGAUUCAUGCAGUCUAUAUUAUACUGCAAUGUUAACAUGCCUUUACAUGCCUUUAGAGCGUAGAUCUUUAUGUUCUAUUGAUAUGCUGCUGCACAGUCUCAGGUUUAAACACUGUCUGAUUGUACAACAUUGUUGAACAUUGGUCAUUACAAAUGAAUUGUGCAGUCAUUACAAAUUGAAGAUUGUGUGUUUUGCACAUAUUAGUUGAUUAUGCUUGAUUAUCAAGUUUUUAACUUGAUUAUUGUUAUUUUAUUGUUAAUACUUGAUAUUUUCUUUAAAGAGGAGCUCUGACAGUUCCCUGGAUGUGUAGGUUAUGGUAUCAUAUUUCAAGUUUUGGUCACCUCUGGUUACCUUUAUCAUAGCCUAAAAAGUACAUUGAUUCAUAGAUUUAUAUGAUUUGAUUCUGGUAUGUGAAUUCUGAGAGCUUAAAUAAAUGGGGUUCAUACGCA